AUGACAGAAGCAGCUACCAUUUGCCCUCAAGUACUAUCAUCAAAGACAGACAUGGAUCUUCAUCAAUGCUUUGGUAACAGGAGAAAGUCUUUGCCCUUUGUCCAAGAGAAUGGCUAUUCUGAUUCAUUUGAUUCUGGUGCCAAUAACUGGUUGCCUUUCUGGUUGUAUUUAGUCACAAGUUCAUACUUUCUGUUGAAGGGAAAUGUCAACUUUUUCAGCGGCUGCAGAAUAAAAUCUCAAGAGAAUGUUUCUUUAUGUAACAAAAGCACACCCGAUGAGAGAACGAAGAAUGAUGCAUCUGUUGUAGAUGAUGCAGUUAGCUACUCUGAGAGCUUAGGGUCUCCCCACAGUACUUGUUCACCCACCUAUUUUGAUGCUUGCUCGGAGAUUUCUGACUUUGACAGAACAAGUUACUGGCAUUCUUUACUAAGUCUUGAAGAGGAAGACUCUGAAUGGCUUUCAAAUUCAAUGAUAUCUAAGAACCCUUCAAGUCCUCUAAGCUACAGUGGUGAUUCCUUCACUGAUUUUUCAGAUGUAGACACAACUACUUACUGGGACUCCUUGCUCAAACUUGAAGAGGAAGAUCGUGAGCGGAAUAUGGACAUAGCAAGUUACUGGCAUUCUUUACUAAGUCUCGAAGAUGAGGAUUCUGAGUGGCUCUCAGAUUCAAUGAAAUCUGAGAACCCUUCAAGUCCUCUAAGCUACAGUGGUUAUUAUUUUUCAGAUGUAGACACACGUAGUUACUGGGACUCCUUGCUCAAACUUGAAGAGGAAGACCGUGGGUGGAACAUGGACAAAGCAAGCUACUGGCAUUCUUUACUAAGUCUUGAAGAUGAAGAUUCUGAAUGGCUCUCAGAUUCAAUGACAUCUGAGAACCCUUCUAGUCCUCUAAGCUUCAGUUGUGAUUCUUUCACCGAUAUCUCAGAUGUAGGCACGCCAAGUUACUGGGACUCCUUACUCAGACUUGACAAAGAAGAAAACAGUAAAUGGAUUUCAGAAUCUAAACAAGGAGUAGAAUGUGUUCAGGAUGGUUCUCCAGUCUCAUCGUAUACGAUAAAUUGGGGUACUAUGGUUCUUCCGUUUCUUCCUCCAAUUUCUACUAUCUCUUCAUUCAAUGGCGAAGAACCACUUUUUUGGCCAUUUGAAGGAGAAUUUGAUUGGGAUCAUGAGGAAAGUUCAUUUUGUAACUCGCCUAGGAAAAUACUUUUUUUUGAUCCAAACAUGGACAGUCCUUUGGAAUAUUUUGCUAUGGACCAAGAGUUUGCAAUUGAGACAUUGGUGGGGCUCAAGGAGUUUGAUGGACAUGUGGGGCUUGAACUUGAUUACGAAUUUAUUGGUGAUGGUUUUGUGCUGGAGGAAUUGCUUCAAUAG